CUGUAACGAAUCUUGAUAGCUGUCUGUCUUAAUGUGUCCGAUUCCUAUCAAGGAAACUUAAUGGGGAAAUAAAAAGCCUGCGAAAUAAAUGGAAAACCCAACAAUAAUAUGAAAGCUACUGGCCGGUAUAUGCUUUCUCAGUACCGCUCGAUUCCCUAUCUCUCUCGAACUUGCUUAGGAGUCAUCUCUUUCUUUCUCUCGCAUGCUGCUGGCAUUUCUUAUCUUCUUCAAUUCAAAUUAGGGUUUGCAAUUAUAUCACAAAAUCGCCAUUCAAGCCAAUAUAAUGCAGCUGGAGGCGAUACAGACUCGAGUUGAGUCAUGGAUCAGGGACCAGAGAGCGAAGAUCCUGAAGGUGUCGUGGGGCCCGCUUCAGUGGAGGCUGAGGUGGCCGCCGUGGAACAACGGAGACAAGGAGCAGAGGAAGAGGAUCCAGCAAGAGUACGAGAAGCGCAAGAAGCAGCUGCACGAUCUUUGUCGGGUUGUCAAAGCUGAGUCAUUCGCUGAUUUGCAGGAUAUACUCUGCUGCAUGGUCCUUUCCGAAUGCGUCUAUAAGAGACCUGCUGCAGAGAUGGUUCGGUCUGUAAACAAAUUUAAGGCUGAUUUCGGUGGACAAAUUGUUUCUCUUGAACGAGUGCAGCCUUCAUCAGAUCAUGUUCCACACAGGUAUCUGCUGGCAGAAGCAGGUGAUACGCUAUUUGCUUCCUUCAUUGGAACUAAGCAGUACAAGGAUGUCAUGGCCGAUGCGAAUAUACUGCAAGGUGCUAUAUUUCAUGAGGAUGCCAUGGAGGAUACUGAAUGCAGUGAAGUGGUUGAAUCUGACCAAGUUGGACAACAAAAAGGGAAUGGGGAAAACCGUUGGAAUCCUCUUGAAUCAAAAACUAAAAAACAAAAACCUAAACCUAAACCUGCUGCUCACCGGGGUUUCUUGGCUCGUGCUAAAGGGAUACCUGCUUUGGAGUUGUACAGGCUUGCUCAGAAAAAGAAGCGAAAACUUGUACUAUGUGGACAUUCACUUGGUGGAGCAGUAGCAGUGUUAGCUACGCUAGCCAUAUUGAGGGUCAUUGCGGCAUCCUCAUCAUCAAAAGAAAAUGAAAAAGUUCAGGUCAAAUGUAUAACAUUUUCCCAACCCCCUGUUGGGAAUGCAGCUUUGAGGGAUUAUGUCAACAGGAAAGGGUGGCAGCACUAUUUCAAGAGUUUCUGUAUUCCUGAGGAUCUGGUACCCCGUAUAUUAUCUCCUGCGUAUUUUCAUCACUAUAAUGCACAACCCUUGUCAGUGCCUGGAGAGGCUGAAACUAUGGUAAAGGAGGGUCAGGUUGAUAAAUUAGGGGUAGACAAACUAAAAGAGAAUGAAAAAGAGCAGUUGGUUUUGGGUGUAGGCCCUAUUCAAAGUUCCUUCUGGAGACUUUCUAGGCUUGUUCCUUUGGAGGGUGUUAGGAGACAAUUCAAUAAGUAUGGAAGAAAAAAAGUUGACACUGUAGAUCCAUCUUCUGCAAAUGAUUCUUUGAUCACAUCUUCAAUUGAGGAUGCAGUUGUUGAACCACAGUCACUUGAAAUACAGGAGGGUACUGAUGGCAUCUCUCUUAAACCAUUUCCUAAUACUGAUGAUCAGCCACCUGAUGGAAUGAUGACUGGGAAAUCAGCAGAGAAAAGCAACACUAGCAAUGGGGCAGGAAGUAGAUGGCGUAGGGUGCCUUAUUUACCUUCAUAUGUACCAUUUGGACAGCUGUAUCUCCUGGGAAAUUCGUCUGUAGAAUUGCUUUCAGGUGCAGAGUAUUCAAAGCUGACAUCGGUCAAAUCUGUGAUUGCUGAACUGAGGGAACGCCUUCAAUCGCAUUCGAUGAAAUCAUAUAGGUCUCGAUUUCAGAGAAUCUAUGAUCUCUGCAUGAGUGAUAAUGCUUCGCUUUUCUUAGGAAUGGAGCAGCUACAGCAGUUUCCACAUUUACAGCAAUGGCUUGGGCUCACAGUUGCUGGUACAGUAGAGCUUGGACACAUUGUUGAGUCACCAGUUAUUCGGACUGCUACUUCUGUUGUUCCUUUGGGAUGGAAUGGUAUUCCUGGUGAGAAGAAUGUUGAACCUUUAAAGGUUGAUAUCUUUGGUUUUGGAUUGCAUUUGUGUACACUGGUUCACGCCCAAGUGAAUGGCAAUUGGUGUUCAACUACUGUGGAAUCCUUUCCUUCGGCCCCAUCUUAUUCUUCAAAUCCUGAUGAGCGGUCAGAACUACAGAAAAUUCGUGUCCUAGUUGGAGCUCCACUGAGACGACCCCCAAAACAUCAGAUGAUUGCAGAUUCUUUGUUGCCACUGUAUUCUUCUGCUGAAUCUAGCACUGGUAAUCUUAAGCAAGAACACAAUUUAGGGUUAUUCCAAGAGGAAAAGUCCAUUCAACCUGAAGGGUUGAGUGAUUUUUUAAUCUUCUGCACCAGUGAUUUUACAACUGUUUCCAAGGAGGUGCAUGUUAGGACUCGUAGGGUGAGACUACUGGGCCUUGAGGGUGCUGGUAAAACUUCUCUUUUCAGGGCAAUACUGGGUCAAGGCAAGUUAACCACCAUGACCAAUACUGAGAAUCUGCAGUUGGAGACUGAUGUUCAUGAAGGCAUUACUGGUGGUAUAUGCUAUACUGAUGCAGCUGGGGUAAAUUUGCAGGAGCUGAUUACGGAGGCUUCUCGUUUUAGGGAUGAACUGUGGAUGGGGCUCCGUGAUCUUAGCAGGAAGACAGAUUUGAUUGUUCUUGUGCAUAAUCUCUCCCAUAAAAUACCUCGGUACAAUCAAUCGAAUGCAUCACAGCAACAGCCAGCCCUUUCACUUCUCUUAAAUGAGGCUAAGGCUCUUGGCAUCCCCUGGGUUCUUGCUAUAACAAAUAAGUUUUCUGUUAGCGCACACCAGCAAAAAGCAGCAAUUGAAGCAGUUGUGCAGGCAUAUCAAGCAUCUCCAAGUACCACUGAAGUUAUUAAUUCUUCUCCAUAUGUUAUACCCAGUGCAGCAAGUGCUUCUUUAUCUUGGGCUGCAGCCAGCAGAGAUUAUGAGAGGAGGCUUGGUGUUCAGAAUAUUCUUUUUGCUCCGCUUAAUCUAGUGAGGAAAUGUAAUUUCAUGGAGAAAAUUUUGAUGUCCUUGCUGAGUCCUUUUUCAUUUGUAUUGAAGGAACUUGCAAAAGAGAGGCUUUUGGUGGAAUUAGCACAAGAACAUGCAAUAGCAAUAGAUGCAAAUAGGGAUGCUCAGGCUAAGGCGUCAUCCAUGUCUGCUGCAGCUGUAGGUGCUUCCCUGGGGGCUGGUCUUGGCCUUGUAUUGGCUGUUGUCAUGGGAGCAGCAUCUGCUCUAAGGAAGCCCUGAUUUAGUGUUCACAAUUUUUAUCAGAAUCAACUAUCUUGUUUUUGCAGAAGCUUGCUUCUUAGUGUAAAUAACCAUUCAUGCCAGUAGAGUUUAUCUAUAGUUAAUUGUGCAAGGAUACAUCUAGUA